UAUAGUGCUGCCAUUUAUCACAGAAUUCUUUCAUAGGUACCAAACAAGUUAGAUCUGAUUAGAUUUAUAUCUUAUGAAGCGUAAGAACGUGAAAGAGAAGAGUUGUAAUUGUUUAUCAUUGUGACGUGUUUAUAUCAUCAAAGUUAUUCAUUGUGUGUGCAACACAUUUAUUUACGGUAGAAAAAAAAUGGCAUUUACAUUUGGCACUCCAGCAAUUACAUCUAAUAACACAGGUUUUGGAUUUGGAACGCAGAAACUAGCAACUGGUUUUAAUCUGAGCAAUACAUCAUUUGGUACUCCAACCACAACAUCAUUUGGCACUACCCCCACGACAUCUUUUGGUUCAUUAACGUUCAGUGCUCUCUCUACUCCAACAACGUCUAUGAAUCUCAAUUUUGGAUUUGGUAGCAUUCCGACAACUUCUACGCAAGCACAAUCUGGUAGUUUGCUCCUAGGAUCCAAUACAGCUAUCACAAUGACUACCGCACCUAGUUUAUUUCCCACUCCUAGCACAUCCGCACCUUUAUUCACAGGCCUUACCUUUGGGACAUCAGCUACAACAAGUGUCCCAACAUUUGGAGUUACAUCUAAUACACCUGCAACGGGAAGUUUGACUUUUGGAACCUCUACUACCAAUACUGUAUUUGCAUCUGGAACUGGAAGUAUUUUGCUAGGUACCAAGCCAGUAGUUGCCGCUACUACUACUACAACUAGUACAGGUCGAGGACUUGGUGGUUUGGACAUUUCUAUCAACAACAAGGGUUUAUCUCAAGGAAAUAGCAGUUCAACAGCAGCCAAGGAGAAUUUAUUGCCGAAUGAGUUUAUGCAAACCAUAGAUAAAUUCAAGGACUUUGUUAAAACGCAAAAAGUCCUAUCUUCGGACAUUGCGAGAGGCUCGGCGAGACCGUUGAAUCGGUGUUCUGAAGAUACAGCAUCUUUAAUGGAAAUUUUAUCUAUCUUGUCUGGUUCUGUGCAACGAGAUCGUUCUUUUGCUGAUAAACUGAAGCAGGACACGGCGAGGGCGCUACAAAAUGCAGAAAUAGCUCAAAGAACUCACGAUACUCCGCCGGGUUUACAGUACGAAAAUAACGCGCCUCUGCAGUUCUUCAUGGAAUUAGUUGAGAACUUUGAACACGAUCUGAUGUUAUUUAGAUCGCAAAUUGAGACAACAGAGAAACACAUACAAGCCAUGAUGGCACCCAGAACGCUAACGCCGCAAGAAUUGACAAUGGCCAUGAGUAAAUUACAUGAGUCUCUGGUAGCAGUCGCUGGCAGAUUGCAAAGUGUGCACGCUAAAGUGCAACAACAGAAGGAACAAUAUCUCAAUUUCCGGAAAUAUGUAUUGAAGGAUAAUACUAAUGUUUUCGACAACAUCAAGGAAAACAGUAAAUCUAAUCGGAGCAGUAUUGAAAAGAUUACAAGUGGUCCUACACCCUUUGGACCAGGAAAUAAAAGCUUUUUAUCGUCGACGGCAUUGAACUCAAACAGGCCGGCGAGUUAUGAAACACGAAAUUCUUUAGUUUGGGAAAACACAACACCGAUACAGUCUGCUACUAAUAGUGCUAUAGGCUCGUCUAUGAAACCACCGACAGCGAGUUUAAACUUUAACUCGACAACUAAUUUGAUUGCACCAGCGAACGAAUCCAGCUCGAACUUUCAGCUUCAGAAACCUCCAGUUGGUAAUAAACGGGGAAAACACUAAACCUUUGUCUCAGAUAUCUUUAUACUUCAUUAUCUUCACAAUCUCAAUUUUGUUAGUCCAAUUCACUGUACACAUUGGAAUAUUUCAUUCGCCAGACUUUGUUAACAUUUAUGAUAAUAAAGUAAAAAAAUUUGAAAGUAA